UGUGUGUGUCAGUGUAUGUUUCUCGCACAGACAGAGAGGUCAGUUCGCUGCAGCUGCUACGAAUAAACUCGAUUUACGGAGUGUGCGAGUGAACGCUCCGUUCUCACUGUGUGUGUGUGUGUGUGUGUGUGCGCGCGCGUGUGCGUGUUCGUGGGGGAUUAGUUAGACCGAGAGUGAGACUACACUGGAAUACUAAGUGGAAAUGCAAAGAGGAGAAACUUUUAAAACUACACGCACACACCAUCAUGCCAACGGAAGAGUUCUCGUUCUCCCCUGAUGUCUUACCUCCACUCCCGGAGGUCCCCGUUCUCGAAGGGGCGGUGCUAAGCCGAGGGGCCUUCCGAAACCCCACCCUCAGACACUGCUCCUCCCACAGCAUGGACUCCGCCCAGUGCAACGACCGGCCUGUCAGCUACACCUCCACCUCCUCCUCCGCCUCCUCAUCACGGGACAGCCACUGCUCAACCGUGUUGGGCUCCGCCCCCGAGCGGGACAGAGACUCUGGGGCAAUCCGACUGGAGCUCAUCCCUGCCCGUCAGCUGGAGGAGGCGGAGCCACUUGUGCCGGCCAAUCAGGAUGAGGAACGUAAAGUGGCCUACGUGGACCAUGUGGUGCAGGAGAUUCUGGAGACAGAGAGGACAUAUGUCCAGGACCUGCAGAGCAUCGUCAAGGAUUAUUUGGAGUGUAUCAGUAAUCAGUCUCGUCCCAUGUUGGGGUUGGAGGACAGGAAUUCGCUGUUUGGAAACAUCCGGGAAAUUUACUGUUUCAAUAGGGAUCUCCUGCAUGAUUUGGAAAAGUGUAAUGCAGACCCAGUGGCCAUCGCUCAGUGUUUUGUAGUGAAGAGUGAAGAAUUUCAUAUUUAUACACAGUACUGCACUAACUAUCCAAGGUCUGUAGCCGUCCUGAGCGAGUGUAUGAGGAAUAAAGCGGUGGCGAAGUUUCUGCGUGAGCGUCAGGAGUGUGUGAAACAUUCGCUGCCUCUCGGCUCGUUCCUGCUCAAACCUGUACAGAGGAUCCUCAAGUACCACUUGCUGCUGCAUGAGAUCGCCACUCACCUGGAGAAGGACUCGAAGAGACAUGCCGUGGUUCAGGAGGCCAUCGACACCAUGCAGAGGGUCGCCUGGCACAUCAACGACAUGAAGAGAAAACACGAGAACACCGUCAGACUGCAGGAGAUCCAGAGUUUGCUGACGAACUGGCAGGGUCCUGAUCUGAUCGGUUACGGUGAGCUGGUUUUGGAGGGAACCUUCCGGGUCCAGAGGGUGAAGAACGAGAGAACACUCUUCCUCUUCGAUAAACUUCUCCUCAUCACCAAGAAACGAGAAGAAACCUAUGCCUACAAAGCACACAUACUGUGCUGUAAUCUGAUGCUGGUUGAAGUCAUUCCUAAGGAGCCGUUGAGUUUCAGUGUGUUCCACUAUAAGAACCCCAAACUACAGCACACAGUGCAGGCCAAGUCCCAACAGGACAAGCGAACAUGGAUCCAGCACCUGAAGAGGCUCAUUCUCGAAAACCAUCCAGCAAAAAUCCCGGCCAAGGCCAAACAGGCCAUUCUGGACAUGGAUGUGCACCAGUGUAGCCCUGAGGGCCAGAACAGAAUCAACCUGAAAGAAGGCCCUUCUCCCAGAAGAGCACGAAGGAAGACGGAACCCUUGUCCAAACUGCUGAAAAACAAACAUGCAAUAUCCAGUCCAGAUAUACAGAAGCGAAGCAGUUUUGGCGCAACCCUUCUGUCUCCUGUAGUCCACCUGGGCACCAUUGGUCGAUCCCGCAGCCUUGUCAGCCAAUCACAGGAGUCACUGGAUCCUGGUGACCAUGGUGACCACAGUGACGUAGACGAGAGAUUACAUCCACAGGAUGCUGACGACGAAGAUGACAGUGGACUGGGUUCUGGAGAUAAGUUACGUGUACCUGGAAAGAGCAGCAGGAAAAGGCUGAAUGCCCAGGUGUCGGUGGACAGCAUCGACAGGUGGAAGAACCGCAGCCUUGACCAUAUUGAUCUACAGACGGCCAAAGAAUCUUUGCAGAAGGAGACAGUGCACACACCCAUCCUACAGGUGACCUGUCCUCCUGAAACACAGGCUGACUUUUCCCAGUUGCUGGGCACAAGCAGUGGACAUUCUGUCCCAAACAUAUGGGCAGACCACAGAGUGCGUCGAGCCAUGUUCCCUACUCGUCAAAAGACUGUCCAAAUCGAUGACGAUGAAGACAUUUAUCAGAUGUUUGUGCCCACUGAGAAUGAUACAAGUGGGCACGAUGCAGAAAGCGAUCAUGACACAGUUGAUGAUCGUCCUCAACGACCGUGCAGCUGGCAUAUCGAACAGACACAGUCGGCGCAGUUAAACCUCCCAGCCAGCAGGGGUAAAGUGUUACGCAGGGCAAGUAGUGUUGGAGAGCAACAAAGUGAGCGACAAAGUCCUACAAAGAGAGCUGUCCUCAAAGAGGAAGUACACAAUAAUACGGAGUCAUCGAGUAACGAGAUAUCCGGGUCUUCGUCAGCGGAACAGCUAACAUUUGACGAUAUUGAGAAUGUUUACGAUAAUAUUAGCUAUGAAGAACUGCAGGCCAUGGGACUGAUUCGGAAGGAUACGGAGGUUAACCAGUCCUCUUCAGAGGUUAAACCAAUUGUACCUCCGCAAAUCUUAGUUUCUCCAGUUGAAAUGGAGAGCUCAUCUGAAAGCAACAGGUCCUCAUGCCAAGAGGGGGUGCCAUUUGAAUCUACUGAUGUGCAGACACCAGAAGAAGAGGAAAAUGUCUAUGACACCAUUGUGUUCCGUGAACUGCCGCCUUCUGCCACUGAGACGGGAAGAAGAAAUGAACAAGCAGCCAAACAGGAUAAUACACAAUCACCCAAGACAGACUCGACAGUUAGCCAGAACAUAGGAACCGUUGUUUUGGCUGAAAGACCAAAUGGGGAUCACACCAAAGUAGUGAAUCGACCCCUUCCUGAGAUUCCCACUGUUUCAAUUACCGAUAUGGACAUACCGUUAACUUUGGAUAAACCUUCCGAGCAGCCCGUAGCUGAUCAUAUGUCGGAGCAAGUUGACGAGAUCUGGAAUGACCUGGAAAACUACAUCCGGGAUAAUGAGAAGAAAGCAGACAAGCUACCUGCUGCAUUCCCUGUGAAUAGACCAGAAUCACCACGCAAGGUGUGUGAUUCACAAAGUAAAAUGGAAAGUUCUUCAGAUAAAUUACACAGCUCUCCAAAAAAGGUAGUCAAAUCACAGCCGAAAUCACAAGAAUCCCAAGAUAAGACACAAAAUCCCCCACGAAAAUCGCAUCAAUCUCCCAGCAAAAAAUGUAAUUCUGGGCGAAAAACUAGUGACACUCAUGUCAAAACAGAUGGUGCUAAGAAGGUGAAGAAAAGCACAUCAUCUCCCAGUUCUCCAGCCUUCCACCCGAUUCCAACUUUCAAAUUCCCAGUGCUCAGUGUUCCCAAACUUGUGCGAGAGCCUACAUUUGAGAUAGAUGAACCUGAGUCACCUCCAUCUACGCCUCCUGCUACACCUUCUGUUCCACACAUCUCCAGCCCAGCUCCCCAGGUCUCCAGCCCAGCUCCCCAGGUCUCCAGCCCCGCUCCCCAGGUCUCCAGCCCCGCGCCACAGGUCUCCAGCCCUGCUCCCCAGGUCUCCAGCCCCACUCCCCAGGUCUCCAGCCCAGCGCCACAGGUCUCCAGCCCUGCUCCCCAGGUCUCCAGCCCAGCGCCACAGGUCUCCAGCCCUGCUCCCCAGGUCUCCAGCCCUGCUCCCCAGGUCUCCAGCCCAGCACCACAGGUCUCCAGCCCUGCUCCCCAGGUCUCCAGCCCUGCUCCCCAGGUCUCCAGCCCAGCGCCACAGGUCUCCAGCCCAGCGCCACAGGUCUCCUGUCCUUUCCCCCAAGUCUCUAGCCCUGUCAGCCAAGUCUCAAGCCCUAUUCCUGAAAUCCAAGUCUCCAGCCCUGAACCCCCACCCGGCACAGUCAAGAGCAUCCGGAACAAAUUAGCCAGGCUUAGCAGUGGAAGCUUCCGCAUGGAUGAUGAGGACCCCCCUACACAGAAAGACUCUGAGAUACAAGCACUAUUUAGUGGUCUGGACCCUUCAUUCCUUCCUCUGGCAUCCCCUGGACUUCUCCUGGCUGGAGAUGCUGGAGACCAGCUGCUGGAAUUAGGGGAGAAAGGUAGAAACAGAGUUUUCCUCAUGGCCAGACAGUACAGUCAGAAGAUCAAGAAGGCUAAUCAGCUGUUGAAGAUGAAGAGCAUGGACCACGAGCCCAGCUGUGCCAGACUCAGGACCAACAAGGCAAAAGAUUUAGCUGCCAUUCUGGAAGAGAAGAAGCAAGGCGGAGCAGCUAUAGGAGCAAGGAUAGCUGAGUAUUCCCAUUUAUACGAGCAGGUGAUGUUUAAGGAGCCUCCUACUACUCCUCCAGUGCUGAAAUCUUCAGUCAGCGUAUCAGGACCUCACCCAUUUUCCUCACGCGCAGGCCUGGCUUCCUCCCCAUCCCUGCCUGAGAGCGCCUUCCCAGAGACAGACUGGUUGAACUGCACAUAUAGCAAUGGCGAACUUGCUGGCUUUGUGUCCUGGCCUGCUGAAGUCGGAGGGUGCUCUUCGACCCCUCAGCAAAAGUUGUCCCCUGCAGUGUCCGUCCCUGCGUUGAAGAACCUCCCACCAUCUCAGAGCACUCCAUCCAAUCAGCGCUGGAGUGCCUGUGUGACUCCAGCCAGCAUAGAUGACUCUGAACACAUUUACAGCACAUUGGGUCAGCGCAGUUUUAAAACUCCGCCCUAUAGCCGCUGUCAGUCCUCGUCCACUUUGGCUGAGCAGCAAGAGAAAGAGAACAGUGGGAGUAUGGGUAAUCUGGGACACACCAGUCGUCCAGGGGGGGCUGCGAAUGCAGGGCGUGGUCUCGGGCCUCGGCAACACAGCCUUCCUGAGUGUCCUGCCCAAACGACCUCGGACCUUUCCCAGUCAUGUGACCUCACACUAAGGGACUCUCAGCAAGUGUUGCUGCUGAACAGACAGUCAAAUCUGAACGCAAUCAGCGCCACGCAGAAUUACCUGGCCAACUUCAAAGACAACGGCGAUGACGAUGACGAUUACGUCGAAAUUCGCUCUGAGGAUGAGAGCGAUAGCAUGGAAAAGGGCUGUACAGCGAGCCCAGAUUCAGCUCUGCACGGCUACAUCUGGAAUGACCCAAAUGACGGUCAGCAAGCGCACAAUCAGCCCAAAAUUGUCCAGUCGCUGCGAGAGAAGUUCCAGUGCCUCGGUUCCAGCAGCUUUGCAUAAGGAACAGGCAUGACUGCCAGUGUGCACAAAAAUAAAGGCAAUUACAAAUUACCAUAUGGAAAAUGUUACAUGAUGUAAAGCACAUUUAUGGAUUACGACAAAAAAAUGAACAUGCAAUUAGGUUAAACGUUUUGCAUCAGAGCUUCAGUGGAUCGAAGUCCUUUACUAUAUGCACUAUAUUAAAAAAAUCACUCAAAUAUAACACUUCAUAUUUUUCGUUCGUAUAAUUACUCAUGAUGCACUAAACACAGCUUGCCAUUUUGCCAUAGGUAUAGUUUCAAAGAAAAAUACUAUUUAAAUUCCUUUUUUAGCACGGUAUUGAUCUGGACUUGAACUCGCAUGAUUGGGCUGAGCACCGUGUCUCAGUCUGAACGUCUCCCAGUCUGAGAGAGUGGAUUUGUAAGUGUUAAAGAAAUUUCCGUCAGAUUUCAGCUUGGGGUUCAUGGCUCCCUUAUCAAUUACACUUUUAUUUUUUCCCUUAUUUUUACUCUAUACGUGCUCUGACCUGUCCAUUGUCAACACUCCAGCAUUGCCUUUCUCAAGCCAUAACUUAGCAACCAUUUUGCUAACAAUUCCACUGCAAAACAUAUAAGGUAGUAUUUGAAGAAUUUUAACGCAUUGAUCCGAUAAAUUAGUGUCCGUUUUUAAUUGAUCAGGCCGUCUCUACAGUUGCUACAUUAUGAAAAUUAGCUUAAUAUCCACUGUUACUGGUUAUGUCUACAUGACCGUUUGUUCUCAAAGGCCAAAAAUACAUUUAAAAUACACAUAUUUUACUAAGAAUCAAUAGGAAUCAAUAUAUAUUGUAUAUAAGUCAUAGAUAUAUUUUAGAUAGUCUGAAAAAGGAGGCCUAGCCAUGCUUGCCAUUGGUUGGAUAAAGUUUUUUUUGUUGUUGUUUUUUUUUUCCUUGAUACAUUUCCAUUUAAACUAUAGACAUGACUACUGCAUUAAGCAUCAAAAAUGUAUUUAGGACCGUCAUUAAUAAAUAAUAAGUCAUAAUUUUAGGCUAAUUUUAAUAAUUUCUGAGAGUACCAGGUUAGCCACAGGUUGCUCACAGUAAGAUCAGAUGUAUAUUUCAUUUAGAUUUUUCUGGUUUAGUUAUUUUUCCACAAUCACUACUGUCAACCACCACAGCAGAUUAAUCACUAGUUAAAUUACGUUACCAAAAAACACUGGUUCAUCACUCACAUUGUUCGUCACUCUGUUGACACUUUUAGAGUCUCGUUCGAAUAUUUCAGAUUUUUAUUUAUUUAUUUGCUUUCGUUACCGUCCUGUCGAGAUAGUCCAAGUCUGACAUAAUGAUAAUUAUUAAAUAUCUACCGUUGGUAGUUUGCAAUAAUUUGGUUUAAGUUGUUUACUAUGACCGUUAAUUAUUUCCCCAUGAGCACUGAGCAAGAAUAUUGCCAUAUUGAAACAAAUAGAUAAAGAUGAAAUGAUUUAAAAACCAUUUGUUAUCAGUGUAAAUGUUCCAAAUUGGCUAACAAAUAUGAAUGAAGUAUGUUUAUAAGUUCCAUGUUUUGUUUUUCUUGUUUUUUUCCCCAUUUGUACAUGUUGUUUCACUGGGGACUGUUUAUCAUUUGUUCGUCUGGUUUGCACUUUUUUAUUUUUUAUUGUUAUUUUUUUAUUUGUUAAGAUGUAAAUUUUAGGAUAAGUGUUGCCAUAGAUUUGGUCAGUCUUACUUUUAAAUUAAAUGUACUGUACUUUGUUUUUAUAAGACUGCCUAGUUGUAACUGCUCAAGGAAACUGAUGUAUCAGAGGCAAUAAAUAAAUGUUCCGUUCAAACA